AGGUCCCAGUCUUCGGCUCAAGUGAGGCCAGCCUCUCGCAGCCAUGGAUGACCAGAUGGCAUAUGCCAUGGCGGAGCUGGGGGAUUUCGCCGCCUAUGCCGACUGCUGCAACGUGGUGCCCGUGAAAGUCUUCUCCAUGGCGGAGGUGGCAAAACACAACAGUCCGGAAGAUUGCUGGGUGGUGCUGCACGGCCACGUCUACGACCUCACCAAGUUCGCCAAGGGCCACGUGGGCGGGGCAAAUCUCAUCACCGACCUGGCGGGCAAGGAUGGCACCAGCGUCUUCGAGGCAUCCCAUGGUGAGAAUGUGCUGAACAGCGUCCGCGUGGACUGCUGCAUUGGCGACAUCGACCCAGCCAGUGUUCUGGAGGAGCACAGGGCCGUAGCCAAGCUGCGCGAGCGCGCCUAGCGAGCCGCACAGCUUUUCUUGGUUUUUCAGCCGAAGGGGGGCCAGUUCAGGCGGAAAUGGAGAGCUGUGCUCCCCAAACAGAGAACCUUCUUUUUGACGAG